UGGGAACCAGCCACACCGGUCGCUCAGGUGUGCGAAGCAAUGGAAUGUGACCCCACCCCUCCUUCCCAGGAACCCGGAAAGGAGAGGGUGGGGGGAGUGUCACUCAACAGUUGCUGCCUGGCAGCGUUCUCUGACUCUGGGACAAAGCCCCUCCCCCAAGCCCGGGGUAAGAUAACAGAAAAUGAGUGUAGUGUGGCGGGGGCAGAAUCCACCAAUAACCUGCCCGAGACCCACCCCAGGCCCACACACCUCACCGGCCGCGCAGCAGACGCUGACCAAACACCCCCCGCAAACACGCGACUCCCUGACACCGAAAAACAAACACACCGACACAUGGAGGCAGAAACACACACGCAGCAAGCAGGCACACAAAAAACACCCAUCGCCGCUAGUGCAGACACACUCCCUGCCACAGGAGCAGUAGGGCAGGGCAGCCUUGAACAGCCCACACAGUGGCAGGGUGAAGCGCCCAGCACCACACCCAGGCACGCUGCCAUUACUACAGAGGCUUCAAGCUUGGCGCUCCUCAGAACUGACCCUGGGACAGAGGCUGCCGUCCCCUGCAUGGUUGAGCCUGGAAGCAGUGCAUUCUCAGAUGGGCUGGCGGGCACAACUCCUCACCUGACAGACACUGGACUCCCAAAGCAGCACAGGCCUGUAAUAAUAGUCCAUGGUGCAGCAGGUCCAACUGAAUACCAGACAUCUGCGGACACAACACACUCCUCCACCAUGGAAGUGUCCAAAGCCACAUUCUCCUUCAGCUCCUUCUCUACCCCCGAAACCAAAGACUUGUCCACAUCGCAAGUCCCCAACACAUACACCUUCAGCUCCUCAUCUAUACCCGAAAACAGAGAUGGAAAACAGUGCUACAAAGUCUCCAUCGCUGGCAUUCCGGAGGCCCCAGAGCGCACCAUACGCUACUUUGAACCAAGCUCCCCGACUGUGUCAAACAACGAGGCCUCGGACCGCUGGAAGACACGCUACAGUUACCAGUACCGUCCGAACACAGGAACCGGAGCAGUACCUCUCACCGAGACCCUAGACUACCAUCAACAAGGAGUCUCUUCCCCCUCCUACUCCUUCUCCUCCCCCUCCACUGUCACCGACGCUCUCCCCCUGGAGCUGGCCCGUUACACCCCGCACCGGUUCACCUCCGAGGAGAGGGAGCAACCUGAGAUGCAGCCAACCUCCCCCGCUCUGCCAAGUUCCCCCGGCAACCAGAGGAGCUGGCUGAGCGACAGGGCUGAAGUCCAGCCCAGCGAGCUAGGUGGGAGGAGCUGGGCGGGGCCUGCGCUGACACCUGCAGGGGAGAGCGGUGCAGAGGGAGGGAGAGAGUCGGAGAGUGUGCUGGAGCGCGGAGGAGACAGAGCGUUAUAUUCAGGCUCCGACGUGCCUCUGUUCACUGACCGCAGCAGCAGCGGUGUUGGUCCUACCUCUCCGACCGUGCAGCCGGACGACUACAGCGGCGUGUUCAAGGCCACGCGCGUGGAGAUCACACCCUCCUCCUCCCCCACCUCCUCCUUCUCCUCCUCCUUCUCCUCCUCUUCCUUUUCCGCCGGCAGUGCCUCCUCCACUGCCAUCAGCACAAGCCCUGUCAGUCCUCAGGAGCCAGUCUCCCCACACCUGGAGACUCUGAUGGACACUCUGAAGACCAUGGAGAAGACAUCCAGGGUGAGGAGCUCCCGCCUCAGCGGGGCGCCCUCUCUUCCCCCCAUCAAGGAGGACAUCCCGGACAGCCCUGCCAAGGAGCCGUCCACCGCCUCGAGCGUCCCCGCCAGCAGAACCUCCGACAGCAGCAUGCUCUUCUCUUCCAAUCUGAACGGCAACGUCCCGGUCAGCCUGCCGGCCAACCUGGGCCUGAACUGGAACACGACCAAGGACAUGCGCUCGCCGCUGACCCUCAUGAAGCUCCAGCAGCAGCAGAUCGGCCACAACAUGCCGCUCAGGGCCUCCACGGCGUCCAGCAUCGUCAUGCGCGGUUCCUCCUUCGGCGAGGAGGACACCUCUCAGCUCCACCAGCUCAACCAGCUGAAUGGCAAUGGCGGGAUGAUGAGCCCCUCCAGGCUGGACAAUAGCCUCAUCUUCAGCUCCGGCUACCAGCCGCAGCAACAUGCCUUCCAGUCCCAGCAGCAGGCCUUCCAGUCUAUGGAGAACGGCCUGCAAGCCCAGCGGUCACUCUUCCGCACGGGCUCACUCCCCGAGACGGGCACCAUGGGGGGCCACGAGCGCAUCAGCUCGGCGCAGCUCGGCCUGGGGGGCAUGCAGAGCGGCGGGCACGUGCAGGCCAACCACAACCUCAACACGUCACGCAUCGAGCGCCUGUCCUUUCUCGCCUCGCCCGCCAGCUCCACCACCCUGGACGGGUACACUGACCGCAUGAGCAUGCCGCCGCAGCAGCUAAGCCCGCUGGCCGACAUGCACAUCGGCCUGGGCCAGGCCAGUCAGCAGGUGAACCCCCUGGACAGCAGGCAUCACCUCGGCCUCCAGCGCAGCUACAGUAGUGACAGCCCGCUGGGCUCCACUGUAGGAUCGUCCUUCUUCAACGACCUCAACAACGGCCGUGGUCAGCAGGCUCACCAGCAGGUUCAGCCGGAACCCGAGCCACCCAAGCAACCACCCCCCAAAUACAGAGCCUUCCCUGAUGCCUAUCUCACCAAGGAGAAGGAACAUGGCAAGCUCAACCCAAGGCCUGGGAAGAUGAUCAUAUUUGACCAACCAGGCAUGAGGGGUCAAAGGAUUGAGGUGCGUGGGGAUGUUGUGGAUGCCACGGAAUGGGAGUUCCCAGAGAGCAUUUCCCUAAGAAUAAUCAGAGGAGGAUGGGUUUUAUAUGAGAAGCCCAGCUUUAAGGGGGAGAAGAUCGCCCUUGAUGAAGGGGACAUCGAGACUCUGACAAACCCCUUCGACACACCAGAUGAGGCCCACAAACAGAAUGGACAGAAACAAAUAGAGAAUGAGGAGGCCAACGAAAAGCCAGAGGUCAAGAAGUUUGUUAUUGGAUCCAUACGCAGAGCAGUCAGGGACUACAGCGUCCCAGAGAUCAGUCUGUUCCCAGAGGAGAAUGCCGAAGGGAAAAAGGUGGUUUUCCGAGACACGUCAGAGGACGCCCGCAUCUUUGGCUUCCCCAUCAAAGCUAACUCAAUCAUCAUCAAUGCUGGCCUCUGGCUGGUCUAUGCUGAGCCUUUCUUCCAGGGGAUCCCCAGAGUCCUGGAGGUGGGGGGCUUCACGAACCCAGCCGCCUGGGGUGUCACACAGCCCUACGUGGGCUCCCUGCACCCCCUCAAAAUUGGAGAGCCAAGAGUGGAGAAACCAAAUGAACCGAAGCUGGUGCUCUAUGAUAAGGCCUACUUCACUGGGAGGUCUCGCGAGCUCUGCUCCUCAAUGAGAGACUUCAUGACGCGAGUGGACCGGCAGCAGACUGCCUUCAUGUACAACGCUGGCUCCAUCAAAGUAAUUGGUGGCUGCUGGGUGGGUUAUGAGAAGGAAGGUUUUCGUGGGAAGCAGUACCUGCUAGAGGAGGGCGAGUACCAGGACUGGCGUGUGUGGGGAGGAUGUGACGCCGAGCUACGCUCUGUUAGAAUCAUUCGAGCGGACCUGACUGACCCAGCUCUGGUGAUGUAUGAGUUACCAGACGAGCAGCUGGAGGAGCCGCAGGAGGAGCGCACCUUCGAGGUGACAGAGGCCAUCCCAGAUGUGGAGCUGUUUGGCUUCCGCAUCACCACCCGCUCCAUCCAAGUCCUCAGUGGAGCGUGGGUAGCCUACUCCCAUGUGGACUUCUCAGGGAACCAGUAUGUCCUGGAGAAGGGCUUCUACAACAACUGCGCUGACUGGGGAGCAGAUGAUAACCGCAUCUGCUCCCUCCAGCCCAUUCUCAUGGCUCCAUCGGACGGGCCAGGAUACAGAAACGAGGUUAUGCUGUACUCAGACACGGACUUCCAAGGCAACUGUAAGCUGUGCACUAAGAAUGAAGAGACUCUGCCCGACAGCUUCAUUGCCAAGUCCUGCAGAGUUGUGGGCAGCAGUUGGGUCUUGUAUGAAGGGCGUAGCCACACUGGAAACCUCUACACAGUGUCUGAGGGAGAUUACCCCAACUUAAACAGCAUGGGAUGCCCCCCACACUGCAUCAUACGCUCCAUUAAGGCUGUGCCGGUGAUGUUCGCCGUUCCUUCUAUCUCUCUCUUUGGUCUUGAGUGCUUUGAAGGCCGGGAGAUAACAGUGGAUACGGAGGUGCUUAACCUGCUGGAGGAAGGUUUCAACAACCAUGUGUUGUCAGUCAAGGUCAACAAUGGAUGCUGGGUGGUGUGUGAGCACAGUAACUAUAGGGGGCGCCAGUUCCUCCUGGAACCCAUUGAAAUCACCAGCUGGCAAAAAUUCAGCGAACUCACCAGCGUUGGCUCCAUGUACCCCAUCCGUGAGAAGCGGAGGUUCUUCCGGGUAAAGAACAAGGAGCGUGGCCAUUAUCUCUCCAUCCAGGGUGGAGGGGAGGACAUGAAGUCUGGCCGGGUGGUGGUGAUGGAGGAGGUGGAGGGCAUGAGUGACGUCUGGUACUACCACGAUGGUCUCAUUAAGAAUAAGAUGUCCUCCACCACAAGCCUGCAGGUGAUGGGAACAGUGGAGCCAGGAGCGAAGGUGGUCCUGUGGAACGAGACCCGCACACCGGUCCAGAUCUGGUCGAUCAGCCUCAACGGAACCAUCGUCAGCACCACCUUCCCUGGCAUGGUGCUGGAUAUUAAAGGUGGCAAAGCGUAUGACCGGGACCAUGUGGUGAUCAGGGAAGAGAGAGAACAGCCAUGCCAACACUGGGAGCUGGAGCUGUUGUAAUGACCCCCCCCCCCCCUCCCCCCCGCCUCUUCCCCCCACACCCACACCUCUUUAUAAUGCCCCCUCCACCCUCACCACCACCACCCUACCCCCUCAUUCUGCCCCGCUGAGCCAGCCUCCCUGCCAGUCCACUGCUCUCUAUACUGCCCUGAUGCUGAUCAGUCCAGGCUCACGUCUCUUCCUGCGUCUACCCUAACACUGUGAGUCAAGGACUUGUUGGCAUCAUGGGACUUCCUUUGCCAGAGUUAACCAUGGAGUUUACUUUGUACUGUGUGACCCCCCCCCCCCCCCCCCUCCUCCUCAGCCAGCUCUCAGGCUUGUGCUUUUCCACUCGGUUUCUUUAUCUGAGUGAAGCAUUCGGACAGAGACAGAUAUGGACUGGCAAUCACCAAGAGUAUAGCACCUAUGGCAGUGGUGCUUUCAGAAUUAUUAACUGCAUUACAAGACAAGACACACACAGAUACACAAACCAACAUGCAAACACACACAUACACACACACACACACACACACACACACACACACACGCACAAACACAAACAAACACACACACACACACACACACACAUACACACACACACACACACAGCUCUUUGCUCUGCCUCUUAUGUGCAAUGAGGAGAAGAGAGAGAAAGAAGGGAUGACUCAGUAUGUCUACAGUCUGUUGUUGCUGAUUGCUUAGUGAUUUCCUCUUCGGGGGAUUUAGUGACACUGACAUUGCUGAGUGCACUGAGCAAGGAGAUUGCCCUUCAACAGUCAAAAAGCUGUCUCUCAUCUGUCUACUGCAGAGCCACCUUCCUAAGCCAGUGUCACUCUGAGAUGCUUGGCUUGAAGGAGUUCUUUUUUUCUUCUUGGAGAUUUAUAUUUAUACGAAGCUUAUAUUUGUGUGGGGGUUUCCUUCCUCAGUAUACAGUUACACGGAAAUGAGUUAAAAACCUAUUUUUCUGUCUUGUGUUGUUGAGGGGUUUGUGAUGUUUUUUUAUAUAUUGGUGUAGAUUGUAUGAUGUUGAUCUGUAUGCUUUUUGUGGCGUUUCAUUAGUUUUUUCCCCUCUACACAAAGUGACCUUAUUCCUUUUGAGUUGCCUGACUGCUGCACUGCUUUUCUGUAACUUCUGGUCGUGUCUUUAUUACGACACACUGUUAGGGCUAAUCAGUUGUUCCUACCUAAGAUACACAUAAGAAAUAUACUAGUCCUGCAGUGCCCGACAUUUAUCACCAUAUACGUCUGGAAACAACCGUGUUGGAAUUUAGCAUAAAAAGAUGGAGAAACCAGAUGACCGACUGAGUCUGAAAUGCUGUAUGUACUUUCCUAAGUCUUAAGAUGGUGUAUGUACCGCAACACUAUGCAACAAUCUGCCACUUUUUGAGGGAUGGUUUAAUCAGGCCACUAGUUUAGGUAUUAUCUCCAAAUUAAUUUUCAUAUUAGCCUACUGACUAUCACCAAAAUACACCAGUUAACAUGUUAGCUUCUAGAAGUGCAAACAAGGCUCUGAGUGGUGUUUGCAAGGUUUUACAUGCCUUUUAUAGUCAGCAUGCUAGUGAAUUGUUGCAUAGUGUUGCUUUAAAACAGGGGCACUGAUUAAAACAAGCUCCAUUUCAGCUGUGCACUUGCUCCUUCAUGUCUCUCUUGGCCCCUGCACGGAGCUAGCCUUGUCAGCUAUUGAUUUCAUGGUCUGGUCUUCUCUUCUCUAUAUGUGUGAUUUUGUGACAGGCUAAUAUAGCCUGGCUAAUGUAAAACAUAACAUGCAAACAGACGUUACACCGAAUUUACUUAAUGGUGUAGUUAUUGUGUAAAUAAGAUGGAUAUUAAGGACAACUGAGAUUAAGUGGGACCAAAGGUAUUUUAUUCUGCAUAUACUAAAUGCCAAAAGUUUAUAUAAGUAUUAUUAGGGUCCUUGUCUUGGGAAUGCAGAAAAGAUUAUAUUCCAGUUUGAUUAUUCUACAUUGUACAUUCUACGUUGGAGUUGGGAUGGCAUUCCAUAUUUGAAUAAAGACUAACACAUUUUCACAGAA